AUUUAUUCUCAUUACAGGUGUGUCUUUCUGGUACAUCUUCUGGAGAUGAGCAGAGAUCCAUGACACCUGACCUUCCUUUCAUCAUGGAAGAGAGUGAUCAUGAAGAGGAGGCUAAACCUUCUCUUCUCCUCUCUCAGUCAGAGAACUCCAUACAUCUGAUCCAUUCAAGAUUCCAACCCUCUGGGGCUAAAGAUGAUGACAUGGUUGAUGGCUAUGGCAACAGGAUGCACAACCAGGGGCGUACUAUUGAGUAUGAAGACAUCUUGGUAGCGAGGGAAGCUUUCUCUGAGAAUGAUGCCUUCAGCAUUAGUGAUGCCUCGGAAGUCUCUGCUGAAGAUUUUGCCUUUGAUGAUCAUCUUCCGAUGAAGGACGAGGAUGAUGAGGAGGAUCUCGGGCUUGAUGAUGACUUGGCACUCCCUCUCAGUGAGACACCAGACAUCAUGGAGCUAACGGAUGAGAUGCUGGAUGCCUAUCUUCAGCUGGAGGAGGAUCUUCUUCAGGAGGUGGAGGCUGAGAUGGAGGAGGACGAGAAGACUUCCAAGGCAGCAGCAGCCCUGGAGUUUUGGUCCAUGUCUCCAAGAGAAGAACACAUGCUGAAAGCUGAAGAUCUGCAGAAGAUGCAUGCUGCAUUGAGGGAACAAAUAGAGGAGCAGAAGAUUGAAGAGGAAGGGAAAGAGGGGCGUGAAGAAGCUGAGGGAGAAGACGAGAUGUCUUUUGAAAAGAUGUGCAGUGCUUACACCCAAGCAAUGGCAAAUCUUGAAGAACACGAACACCAUGGUCGUUUAGAUUCAGUAGGUUCAGACUUUCUGUCGGAGGAAGCAGAGGAAGCCCUGGAAUGUUUAGCAUCAGAUGAGGAACUUGGAGACGAGUAUGAUGGGGAUCUAGAUGAUGAUUGCUUCUUCAUGGAUGAUGCAGUGCAUAGCACCACUGUACCCCUAGAUAUCAUGUACACAGAGGAAACCCAAGAGUUCAAUGAUGACUUUGCCGGGUGGAUGAUUGGGUCCAUGGAAGAUGUCGCAGAAUACCCAGACUCCUUGGAGAUGCAAUCUUUCAAUUCUAACGGGAGCUCAGAAGAACAUGAAUUCCCACACAUGCAGAACUGUGUAGAGGAGGAAGAAGAAGAGGAAAGAAAAGAAAAGGAGGUAAAUGAAACAGAAGAUGACCUGCCAGAAAUCUGUGCUGAUGAUUCCAUCUUCUUUUCUGAAGAGGAUCCUGAAGAAGAUGCCUCUUCUUCACACCUACUACAGCUCUCUACAUGGCCUCAGGAAAAUCCCCAUUUUUUCCCACCAAUCUCAAAGGAGUCUUCAUCGACCAACUCUCUCUUUUCCUCUCUCAAAAGCCUCUCAUCCUCACCUGAUGCUCAGACAUUCUUCAAGGGCUCCAAGCUCUUCCCAUCUCUGUUAUCCACCGAUGAGUCCAGUGGCUCUUCAAGAUGUGAAGAAGAGGACAAUACCCCUGUCAUUCCAUUUCAAAUGCAGAGUUUAGGUCAGAGGAGACAUUCCUUGUGGUCAAACGAUCCAACUGAAAAGGAGGAAGAAAAGGACAAUCUGUUAGAAAUAACAGGCAUUAGUUUGAGUCACAUGUAUGAGUCUUUGGAUUUUGUGACUGAACUAGUUCAUCAGAUAGCACCUGAAGAAAAGGACAGAAAUCCUGACCAAAAAUCCAGAUUUUCAGACUUUUCUAAUGCAGUUGGCAGAGCAGAACUAAAUUCAUCUCAUUCUCUGUCAGAUAGUUUUGAUAUUGUUUCCGACAUUGUCCGUAGAAUGGUACCAAGUUAUGAUGAUGAUGAGGAGGAGGAGUUAGACUUGGUGGAGAAAAGAAGCUCUAUCAGCAAACAAACAGAUACUAUGCAGGAAGUAGAUAGUUGUAGCCAAUCAGAGGGCUUACAGGAUGUUAUUGAGGGAGCCAGCACUACAACGCUAAGUGAUUCACUUCCUCUCAGCCACUCUCUAUGGCAGGAUUACAUGCAAACUUGUACUGGUAGUUUCAAUUUCACGUGGCCGUCAGGAGAAGCAAACUGUGAACGAGACUGCAGUGAAUUGGCUAGUAUUCAAGCAGCGGUGAAGCACACAUUAUCUAAAGCACUGAAAGAAGAAGAAGACGACGAAGAGAGCAUAAUCAUGAGCACCCAACUGGGCAAGAAGUCGAAGCAGAACAAGCGCAACAAGAGAAAGUCUGGAUCCUCUACAUCUGAUUCACAAUCAGUGCAGCAUGACGGGACUGAGGGUAGCUGUACAGGUAGUUGUGAUACUGGUUUCAACUCACUGCUGAGUACAGACGAUGUCGAUGAGAAGUCUGCUCAUGACACGCUCAAGCUCACUGAAGUGGACAGCCCGUGUACCCUCGUGGACGAGAAUGACACGUCUCUCAACAAACCUGGCUACAUGAGUUACGUCUCUCAGAUAGCUGAGGCUUGCUCUGAGGGUAACCUGGAUCAGUAUCUGAGCACCCAGAAGCACAAGCAAUGUUACCUGUGGUCAGUGCCGCCCCCUGCAGAGGACAGCCCUCAAGAAGUUGCCUUGAAGAAAGAGAUCAUGGACUUGGAGAAGGAUCUCCUACUGACCACUGAGGAGCUGGACUCUAAAUAUGAACUGGACUCUCAGGCCUCUGAUAACACUGACCGUCUCAUUGAGGCAACCAACACCUUGGUGGAAGAGCUGAAGAGCGGGAAGAACUUGGAGGCUGGUGACCUGGAGGAGGAUCAGGUGGGGAGCUGGAAGGACGUCAUUGUGCUGUGGAUGGAUAAGAAUGGAAAGGUGCGGGAUGCUGAGACCCAAGGCUGCACACCAAUCACUGUCUCCCCUGACUAUAUGCACACUGAAGAUGGCCAUAUGACUCCUAUUAUUGAGGAGAUCACCUCAAUAGAAGCUCUGGACGUGCAUCAGAGGCCAGCCAUCUUACCCAGACAAUACCAAGGUAUGGACAUGACUGACCAUCCUGGAAGCAUGGGUCAACCCCUUCACCAUGCCCAGAGGACGGUCAUCUAUGCUAAGGAUGCCUGUGAACAGUACGAACCUCCGAAGCAAAGUAAGUCAUUCACAAGACGAGUCCUGAGCGUGGCCUUUCCCAUCCAGCUCCUCCUCCUCCUGUGCACUAUCUUGGUUCUGGUCCUCCCCUCCAUGGUGGUAACGUACCAUGGUGAUUGUUACCUGUCUCUCACUGAUAACCUGAUGUGGGAUGCGUCGCAACCGGUCAUGAGCUAUGUCAGGGGACCGCCUCCGGUGUGAAGCCUCAAACUCCAUUCUCAAUCAAUCCAUUGAACUGAUGAUAUGAUUGGCAUGUCAGUAUACCUUAAACAACUCAUUAUCAGCACAGUCAUUAUUCGAUGUUAAAUAUCAUUAAGCUAUUUCAUUUAUCUCAUUUUUCAACAUCAUAUAUUUUUAAUGCUUUGUGUUCAUGCUUGAUAUAUAUAUUUAUAUUUCUAUAUUUUGUCUUGCAGAGUUAUUUUGUAGUACAAGAAAUUUAUCUUUCUGUAGCCGUAGUUACAUAUCACUUUUCUUUGAAAAGAUGUUUUCAUGUGUUUCUUUUACCGUAGUAUACAGAUUUAAAUUUACAUUUGAUUUGUAUUAACCGAGAAGAAAG